AUGGCGGCGGAAAAGCUCACCUACACGCAUCCUCUGUUCAUGAACUCGUGUAACGACCAGGUCGGUCGUUUCGAGAGUUACAACCCCAUUUCCCCAUUUCUACUUCUUUGUGUUCUUCAGCUAUAUUAUGCUGCAGAAUUUUCUGCUUCUAUUGUUUCCGCACCUGGGAAUUGGGGACCGCAGGUGCACACCUGGGACCGCAGGUGCGAGUCCGCUGAUGCGAGAAAUUUGACCGCAGAUGCGAUCCAGGUAUCUCUGGCCACAGUAGGGGUUAUUGAUUUACUCAGUAGCGGAUUAUUGGAGAUAGCGAGAUUCCUACAUCGUGUGGAAAGACCUCAAGGAACGAUUUCACAAGGUCAAUCGCAUGAGGAUUUUUCAAAUCCCUUAGCUAUGCAAUUAACUCAUGGACAGCCUUAUAAAGGCAAGAGACUUUUUUUGCAGUGUGAAUACUGCAAUAUGAAAGGCCAUAGCAAGGAGAAUUGUUACAAAUUGGUUGGAAAUCCCCCUGAUUUUAAGUCUAAAAGGAAUUCAAAGUCUAGUUUUGGAGGAUCUGGAAGUCAAGUUAACUAUGGUGGACAGACUGGAUAUGGUAAACAACCCUUCAAUGCUGUCAACAAUGUGACUGGGAAUGUUGAUAUGCCACCACCAGAGAUGCAUUAUAGAAACUCAGGGCCAACUGAAGUCAAGGCUCAGUAUUUUACUGAAGAACAAUAUAAACAGAUUCUCAAUUUACUAAGCAAAGAUGUUGGAGAAGAUCAAAGCAAUGAGGCAAACCACAUCAAUGUAGCAGGUAAUGCAAUUUGUAUGAUGUCUAAGGUAACAAGUGAUGAUGAAUUGAUAGUGGAUUCUGGAGCUACUCAUCAUGUAGCUUCUAAGAAAAGUUUGAUAAAUAGUGAUCAUAGUCAACCAAUAUCUGGUAAUAGUAAAGUACAUUUACCCACAGGAGAUAGGGCACAUAUUACUCAUACUGGCUAUGCAUCAUUGUUUUGCAACAUAACUGUGAGCAAUGUGUUGGUUGUCCCUGAUUUCAAGUUUAACUUGUUGUCAGUGUCUAAAUUGACCAAAGAUUUAUCACGCUCAGUCAACUUUUUCCCUGGCUUUUGUGUCUUUCAGGAGUUUUGGAGUGGCAGGGUGAAGGGGAUUGGUAGGCAAAGAGGAGAUUUGUGCAUAUAUAAAGAUGCAGAUAUUAGUAAGCAGGGCACACAACAUCCAAUAACAGCAACAAUUCAAAGGGGGGAUAGCAGCUUAUGGCAUAACAGACUAGGGCACCCAUCUGCACAAGUAAUGAAGUCUAUGAAGUUGUUACAUGAUCAUGUAAAUAUUUCACAAUUGAAUAAGUGCACAAUUUGCCCUUUGGCAAAGCAAGCUAGAUUGAUGUUUCCCAGUAGUGAUUCUAGAGCUGAUGCACCAUUUCACAUUGAAGUAGGCAACAUUGCAUCACUUAAGGGUGUUUGGAUGUCUGUGUUUAGCAACUACAAUUCCUAUAGGAGACAAGUUUGCAGAAAGAGCAAAGCCAGCUGCUCUUAUGGGCCUGAUGAUAAUUCUGCCAGCUCCCUUGAACCUAAUGCCCUUGAUUCUGAUUCAUUUGACCUGGAAUUAAGUCCUUCUCUUGCUCUGGAGAAUGAAGGGGGAGAUGACAUCAAUGAGGAAUCAACAUCCUUUGAUACUGGUCACAUUCCAUCAGAUGGAGUUCAUGCUCCAGUCACGAGGAAGUCUUCAAGAGAUUCCAAGCAGCCUGUUUGGAUGAAGGAUUACAUAACCACCAAACAAAGCACCAGCUGGACUUUAUGGCAAAUGGAUGUAUACAAUGCAUUCUUACAAGGAACCCUAUGUGAGCAAGCCUAUAUGGACAUGCUUGAGGGGUUCAGAAGACAGGGGGAGUCAAGGGUGUGCAGGUUGCUCAAGUCCCUAUAUGGACUAAAGCAAGCAUCUAGGCAGUGGAACAUAAAGUUGACAGAUGCAUUGGUGGAUGCAGAAUUUGUCCAAAGCAGCCAUGACUAUCCAUUGUUCAUAUUAAACAACUCUGAUGACAUAGUGAUUGUCCUAGUAUAUGUUAAUGAUCUACUCAUCACAGGGAGUAGCAUUGAACUGAUUAAUAAAGCAAAGAGAGUGUUGAAUCACAAGUUCAAAAUGAAGACAUUGGUGAAUUGA